AUGGGAAUCUACGUCGUGUACUUUUUUGAUUACACCAUUGGAGGAAUAUGGUGGCUGGUGAUAGUCAUCCUUUUGCAAAUAUUGGCUGUAUUCAUGGUACGAGGAAGACCUUACAGUGGAGAUACUGUGGUAACAGCGCUUUUUUAUCAAAAUAACCAUCCAUGCUUUUUGUCAUGGGCGCCAGCAUUGCUUUCAUUCACUUGGAACGUUAUUCUACCUGUAGCACUGAUG